AUGAUGUCGGCUCACAAGUUAAUCAGUCUCGGCCUUCUUGGUUCAUGCCUUGCUCAAAGCUCGUAUCCCAAUUCACAGUCGGGUUCGGCGGGUCAGAUUACAUUUACGAACAGUAGGAGGCUGCUCUUUGACACCAACGGCGAUCAGAUCGACGCCUACGGCAGCAAGGUCAACUACAUUAAUGGCUCGUAUUAUCUCUACGGCAACAGCUUCUCGACCAAAAGCGGUGCAUAUGGCAUCAAAUCGUAUUCAUCGAUAGACCUCGAAAACUGGCAGUACAAUGGCUUCCUCUUCGAUCCAGCCUCCGCGAACGCAGCCGUGUGUUCUGAAGCCGGAUGGUGCGGCAGACCACACAUUGUCUACAACGGCAAGCAAUACGUACUCUGGGCGGACGCCGGACCAAAUGGCUACCUCGUUGCAACUUCAAGCUCUCCCUCGGGACCUUUCACUUUUUCCUCGGAACGAGCAGCUAUCGACCCUCAGUUCUCCACUCUCCAACCGGCAGACUUCACAACGACCAUAAUCAACAAUACAGGCUACAUCGUCUUCUCGGCCCUCAACUUCAACGAGCCAACAGCAGGUUCUAUCUGGCCAGAAAUUUCCCAAACCCUCCACGCCAGCGAGCUCACAUCCGAUCUCACCAACACAACCCUCAAGUCCUAUCCCGUCCGGUCAUCAGAAUUCGACCUCAUCGACCAACAAGCUGAAGCUCCAGAUCUCUUCUACCGGGAAGGCUGGUACUACGUCGCAGCCGCCAACACUUGCGGAUACUGCAACGGCACUCUCGCCCUACUCUACCGAAGUCGAAGCACCCAAGGUCCAUGGACCAGACAGAUUCUCGCAGGCUACGGCUGCAACGGGCAAGUCGAAGGGGUACUUCCGCUCACAGAUCCGAACACCAAAAAGACCACAUACGUUUGGCACGCCACCUCGGUCCCAGGGGGCCCACGAACAGGAUUUGGCGGCCACAUUUUCCAACCCCUCGUCUUCAAUGCUGACGGCAGUGUCCAAGAUCUGGACUGCUCUGAUAACGCCGAGUUCCCCGUAACUUUCACAAAGGGUACCGCAACGAUCGCUUCUUCGUCUGCUGGUGACGGAAGCCCAGCGAAAGCAGCCUACUCGCCAAUCUGUGAUUCCGACACUUUCCAUCUCUACCAAACCUGGCGCGCCGCGAAAAGCGGAACCAUAAAAUCCGUCGCCGUCAACAUCGCAGGAGCGAAAGUCCAGACUGUACCUCUCGCUCUGACCGUUUUCAAAUUUUCUUCGCAUUCCGACCUGCUCGCUCCGGAAUAUAAAUGGACAGCGAUGGGAACAAAAAGUGUCAAUGGCACUGAUUUGAGCUAUGUUUUCGAUACUGUGAAGGUGGAUAUCACGAGUAACGCUACCGUGAAAGCGGGCGAUUAUCUGGGAUUGGCGAUGCUGGGCGAGGACUUCACGCCGUACUGUCAUUUGGAGUAUGCGAAUCAUGAUGCUGGGAACGUUUUGUAUCAGAGAGCACCCAAUCCAAGCAGCCACCAGCAGCGCCACAUCUCAAACUCGAGAAGCAUCAUGUCCAAACCCACCCUCACCGACCGUCUAGGUCCCUGGUCCGUAAUCCUCCAACCAAGCCAAAACAUCAACCGCCAGAAUUCCCACCGCACAGUCCCCAUGCAAGUCCUCUCCCUCGCACCCUCACGUACCGGAACCCUAUCCAUGGCCUCCGCCUUCAAACUGCUAGGCUACAGCAACCCCUACCACUUCUCCAGCAUCUUCCUCAACGUUCGGGACUGCGACAUCUGGAUCCCGGCCCUCAGCGCCAAAUUCCAUCGAAACGAGAAGAUCGGUCGCGAAACUUUCGAUCAAGUUCUAGGACAUUGUAGUGCCGUGACCGAUGCCCCGUGUAUAGUUUUCUGGGAAGAAUUAAUCGAUGCAUAUCCCGAAGCGAAAAUCUUAUUGGUGGAACGCGAUGAGGAGAAAUGGGUGAAGAGUUGUGAAGGUUUGACUGAUGGGACUUUUAAUUUUUUGCUUGUUUAUAUCUUUCGAUUUACGGAUCCGUUUUGGUUGGGGAAGAUUAUUCGGACGGGAUUACUUUGGACUGCGGUGUUUUUUGGGACGUGUGAGAGUCAAGAGGCUGUUAUGAGGAAUGCGAGGAGGGCGUAUAGGGAGCAUUAUAGGGAAAUUAGGGAGAAGGUGCCCAAGGAGAGGAUUUUGGAGUAUCAGUUGGGGAGUGGGUGGGAACCGCUUUGUAGGUUUCUUGAGAGGGAGGUGCCAGAGGGGGUGGAGUUUCCGCAUUUCAAUGAGGCGAAGACUUUGGAACUUGCAUUUGGGGCAUUAGGGCAGAGGGCGCUGGUGAAUUCGUUGUGGAAUGUUGGGAUCGUUGGACUUGUGGUGUUGGGAGGGUAUGCUGCUGUCAGCCAUCGGAUCCAAAUAUGCCACUUCUUCCUGCAAGACGGCAACGACGCCCGCAUACACCUUCUCUUGAAGCUUUCUAUCGGCCAGGCUCCUGCCGUUGUGGUCGAACUCGCACCAGACGCACCUUCGGACGACGCUUGCAUAAGGAGAGCCCGCGUCGUUUUCGACCCUUCUGAUCAAUCGGUCUGCGGCAUUGAAGUCGCCCCACGCACCUUCUGCAAUAUCUUCAGGCCAAAACAAGCCAUGUCUGCAUCGAUCUGAGGCAUCCAAAAGAUAUCCCAAGCAGGACCGACAUUCCAUGUGCCCCGUACGCCACUUCUGGAAGCUUCUGCACAAAUCUUGCACUUCUUCCAAAUGCUGUUCGGCCUGUUGCCUGGCAUCAUUCCACCUCGUUUGAGCCGGCCUUGAGGCGAAAGAUGUGUACAAGCUCAGGUCUGCCAUAUGAGACGCAGCUGACGAGCUUGUCGAUCGCACAUCAAACCCAACUCUGCCACCAGGAUGCACGCCGUGGAGGCCAAUCUUCUCUUCUUGUUCUGUCAAGGGCUGAAUUUC